AUGGCGGAUAACAAAUAUCUAAUUACGGCCAUGGUCUCCAUUAACGAAGACAUUCCGGGAAAUCCUCUCUAUGCUAACAAUAAAAUUGGAUGGAUUCAGGAGGGUCUUUCGUUUUUAAUACGUGGUCAAAUUCUACCAAAUGGCGAACGCUUCAUUGUGGACUUCUGUACGGAAAAUGCCAGCAACGAUAUUGCAUUACGUUUGUCAGCGGUGAUAUCACGCAACAUGAUUGGUCGUAAUACCCGAACGAAUGGUUAUUGGGGCACGGAAGAAAUUACCUCCCUUAUGCCAUUUAACUUGAAACAGGGAUCACAAUUCCUACUACAAAUUCUCUUUACAAUGGAUGCUGUGCUGAUAGCCGUAGAUGGUUUCCAUAUUGCCAAAUAUGAACAUCGUCUAUCGUUUUACGAUAUACGAUCAAUAGAAAUACGGGGAGAUGUACGUGACUUACACGUUGAUCGUAAACUUGUCACGGAUUAUCCACAACGUACGGGAAAAUCUAAACAUUUUGUUAGUAUAAGUAAUCGUCAUGCGGAUACGGGUAUCUAUAAUUCGGAAGAUUAUGAACACUAUAGAAAAUAUACAGAAGAGGAGGAGGAAGAAGAAGAGGAGCUUGAAUCGGAAGAAUUACGUCCAUUAUCAUUGCCUUAUUAUGCCUCAUUUCCACGUGGUUUCUUCGAAUUGGGUUACCGCAUGAUGAUUUGGGGUCGCGUUCGCAGUAAACCUCAAUCAUUUCGUAUAAGCCUACAAUCGGGUCACAGCAUUUGGCCACAACCGAAUGUGGCAUUAGUUUUAGAAUUCCAUUUCUAUAUGAAUAGUCAGGGUGAGACGGGAGAACCCAUGGUGCUGCGAAACUCUUUUGCCAGUGGAAGGUGGAUGGGUGAAAUUAAAUCGGAAUUAUCAACGGGUCUGAGACCUAAUGCUGAAUUCCGCUUACACAUUGUGCGUGGCAAGAAUGCCUUUGAAAUUUACCUGAAUGAUAGACCCUUGAUGAAUUAUCCUUACAAAGUACAUCCUAAGUGUGUGGACACCAUGUUGGUGUCGGGAGAUUUGAAACUAUAUGAUAUUGAAAUUGAAGAAGGUGAUUGA